GAUACCACACGGGCAGUGGAUGAGCAGCAGCCGACGAAGCACGCAGCCACUGCGAACGUCAGUUCCAGACCAAAUGACGAUGCACAAGCUUCCACUCUCUCAGCCCCAACAACGUCAUUAAGCACAGGCGAUCAAGCCGAUGCUGUGAAAUGGCGAACCGGUUAUAUCACGCCACCGGAUCUUCAAGAACAACAAUAUAAUCCGGUACCUCCGCCACGCACACGUUCAAAGCGCGGCAGCUUUGGCCGCUUAUCUGCACAGCAUCCACAAGUAGUGGUACAGCGUAGCACAUCAAUGUAUGUUACGAAUAGUAAUGAACUGAUCAGCACUUCACUCGAAAACGACGUCAGUGGCGAAGCUGGUGAAGACAUGAAGCGAUGGUCUUCAGCAUCUACACCCGAAACAGAGCAUGCUGUCUAUGAGAGACCCAAAGCUUCAUUGAUACCACCAAAGCCAGCCCCGCGCCGCAUCGAUUAUCUGAACAAGUUGCCAUCGCGCAAUAAAACUCCUUCCGAAAAUUGCAAGACUGCUGCGAAGCCAAUGAAACGGCCAGUGCCAUUACCGCGACAGAGCAAACUCAAGGUGGCUGUGGAUGAAGAUUCGUUGGUGAAAACUUCUCUCGGUGGAGCGAAGGCGCAGCUUGGCGCUAGCAGUGGCCUAGAAUCUCUGAUGACAAUCGCAAAAACAACAAGCAGUGUGGAAGAGGGAAUGGACGAGAGUAACGAAUGGACGUUACGACUAUAG